AUGGGAGAGGACCACGGAGACACUUUUGAGGGAUUGAGCACAGACCGCCUGAAGCUGGAGCUGCUGGAGGAGAUCCACAUGAAGGAUGUCGUGCAGCUCUCCACACUUGAGAUACGGCAUAAGAUAGCAGAGCUGGAGGCCAACCUCAACGGUGACCUUGCAGGCAGUGAGUGGAAAACCCGGUACGAGACCCAGCUGGAGCUGAAUGACCAAUUGGAGAAGCAAAUCGUGUCUCUGAAAGAGAAAAUGGAAAAGAUCCGUGGAAACCCUUCAGAUCGACUGUCUUCCAUUCGUGUCUAUGAGAAGAUGCCGGUGGAAUCUUUAAAUGUAUUACUUAAACAACUAGAAAAAGAAAAACGGAGUCUCGAAAACCAAGUGAAAGACUAUGCGUUUAGACUGGAGCAGGAGUCAAAGGCGUAUCACAGGACCAACAAUGAGCGCCGUUCCUACAUCGCCGAAAUGACUCAGGUUUCUGGCUUAAAUCAAGUAUCCAAGAGGCAACAGGUGGACCCGCUGCCUAGAAUGAAGGAAAGUCCCGUGAAAACUGGAAGACACAAUUCCAUGAAUCAGAGGACAACAAAUGCCAAGAAAGGACCAGUUAAAAAGGUCUCAAGAUCAAACCAUCUUCCAAAACUCAACCCGUGA